AAGGAAUUCCUAGUAUUGACUAUAUAAACUAUUCUAAUUUAACGAAGAGUCGGCUUUGAGUUUGACUAUAACUUCAAAUUAUGAGCAAAGAAGGGGCAGAAGGGGCGAGUGGAGGAGAAGAGCAAGUCAAAGACUUAGAAACUGAACUCCAGCAGUAUAAGAAGAAGCUUAAGGAUGCUGUUAAAGAUAUCAAAGACUUGGAAACUAAACUCAAGCAGUAUGAGGAGGAUGCUACUAAGCAUGCCAAAGAUUUAGAAAUGAAGGAGCUUGGCGAUGACAGAAUAAAAGAAGAGAUGUGUCACAAGUUACAAGAAAGUGCUAAAGAAAAGGACAGGCUCAUCAAAAUGCUAAUUCAAAAGCUUCAAGCCACGGAAGAAGAGUUGAAAGAAGCUAAAAUAACACAUAAAGACCGUAUGAGUAAAGCAAUAAAUGACAAUGUAAGCAAAGACAGUCAGAUUGCCCAAUUAGUGAAAAAAAGUCAAAAUCUACAAGAAAAGCUUACUAAGAAAGAAGCAGAGGUGGAAGUAGUCAAAUCACAUGCAGUUCACAUGAGUACAGAGCUGACUGAAAAAGAAGAAGAGAUUGCCAUGCUAAUAAAUAAAAUCACUUCAUUAGAAGAAAAGCUACAACAACAGAUACAAGAGGCAAAGGAGAAGUUGGAAGAGGAACAACAAAUAUGCAGAGUGCAAAUAGAAGAAGUAAACCAAACUUGUGCUCAGAGGACCAAAGAAAUACGGCGUGAAGUUGAAGAACAGCUACAGAUUGUGAGGCAAAAUGAUAGACGAGAGAUAGCCAAGGAAGUGGUGAAAGAAGCUAUAAUGGAAAUCCCAGAAAUUAAAACAAUAUGUCAACAGCUAGAGGCUAUGAAUCAAAAAAUAGAUAAAAUUAGUAAAGAAAAAGAGGAAUCCAGCAUCCCCACAGUGAUCACAACAAAUGCAGUGGCAGAGUCCAAUCCUACUGGAACACAUUCUUACGGAUUUUGUACACUGUCAAAUCCAUCAAGUGACUAUAGUGUUGAGCCACAUCUUGAUUCACCAAUCCAAGAAACAUAUGACAAGAAUAUUGAUAAAGAUGACAAUAACAAAAGCAGCAAUGAUGAAGAUGACAAAAACUGA